GUGACAGCCUGUAAUGCAAAUGGUGGUUCUCUCGUAACAGGCCAGUCACUUGCUGCACAAAAUGCCAUUACUGACCAGCUGAGGACUACGCAAACUGUUGGCUACAAGGAAGCACUCACGUACAUGGGUGGAGAUUUAACGUACAGUAUCAGAUUUGAGCCUGACCCAAACAAAAAGUGCCAAAAUUUGCCUAGUGUUGUUGUUUCAGUUAAUUGUAUCUACCGAUGGAACCUUGGACUUUUUGCAAGUGGGGAGUUUGUCGGCAAAGGUGUUCCAUUUUACCGUGGCUCGCUUUAUUCUCUUCCAGGUGCAGGACCGCUGAAUGAAUACACACCGUUCUGGGAGUACCACUACCCUGCACAUGGUGAGACUUAUGUGGUCUCCUGGUUCACGCUCCGAACAGGGACACAAGCUACAUGGUAUGAUGGUCCAGUAACUCCUGUCGGGAAUAAUAUACUACCUUAUAACUACUUUUUAGUUGUAUGUGAGGUUCAGGAUUCCAUUAUUGGUUCUACUACUACUACUACUCCUAUUCCUACUCCUAUUCCUACUACUGCUCCCACAACCACGCCCCCACAGGCAGCAUCAGAGCCAUCGUGGAUCAAGAAGCAUUGGUAUGUUCCUCUGAUCAUUGCUUUGGUUGUGCUGGCUGCUAUCAUUGGACUGAUUGUACUGUGUUGUUGUCUUGGUGGCCGUGACGAAGGCAAGUACUUGCCACCAAUGGUCACUAGAGAAGCCAGUGACAUGCCGCUCCGUGCACGUGAAAUCACUGAUGACGAUGAUGAUUACUAUAAUGAUGGUAAUGAUAACCGGAGUAUGUCCAUGGUUCCAUCAGAACCGAUGCCAAUGGAAGAUAUUGAAUCUGCGAAUGUA